AUGGCGUCGGCAGCAGCGGAAUUAGUAGCGGAGAGAGAACCGGAGUUGAGGAUCGAGAUGACGGACUCGAAUAGGAGCUUUGUAGGUGCCCAGGGCCUGGUCAGGAUGGCCCUGGAUCAGUACACAGAAAUCCUCACGACAGUUUCCGAUCCACGUGUCAGCGACUGGCCAUUAAUGGACUCACCUGUACCGACAAUCCUUAUUGUGCUCCUUUAUCUAUACGGCGUCGUCAUAUUCGGCCCGCGUAUGAUGGCCAACAGAAAACCGUAUAAACUUAGAGGAGUCUUGGUAGCAUACAACGCGUUUCAAGUCGUCUUCUCGCUAGGAAUGCUAUACGAGCACCUAAUGUCCGGAUGGCUGUUGGACUACAGCUAUAAAUGUCAGCCGGUCGAUUACUCCCACAAUCCAUCCGCUCUAAGGAUGGCAAACCUCUGUUGGUGGUACUUCAUCAGCAAAUUCACGGAAUUCGCUGACACGAUAUUCUUCGUGUUGCGCAAGAAAGACAGUCAGGUGACAUUCCUGCAUUUGUAUCAUCAUUCUCUAACACCUCUCGAGACGUGGAUCUGUGUGAAAUUUAUCGCGGGUGGCCACGGCACCCUGGGCAAUCUUAUAAACAACGCGGUGCACGUAGUCAUGUACACAUAUUAUAUGUUAGCAGCCAUGGGCCCAGAGUUUCAAAAGUACUUAUGGUGGAAGAAGCAUCUAACCACCGUACAACUGGUGCAAUUCUUCCUGGUGUUCGUACAUAGCGCGCAGGCCCUCAUCUUCGAUUGCGGCUAUCCGAAACUGAUCGCGACCCUCCUUCUACUCCAUGCGACGAUCUUCUUCGUGCUCUUCUCCGACUUUUACAGGUCCGCUUACCGCAAAGGAAAGUCGGCGAAGGAACUCAAGGCUGAAUAAAACACACCAGGGAACAUACGAAAGGGAAAAUCUUCGUUCCGACGACGAACGAAACACGCAAUACACACGUACACAUAUGUCGCUUCGAAAUGUGGCUCCUUUCUACACUGGUGAACUUUUACGCUUGUUAAUGUAUCGACGGAUGAGGGACUCAUUGAACAGCAUAUACACGAAAAUGUCAAUUGUUGGCGAAAUGUGAGAGAAACACAUAUCUAAACACGCACGGGAAAAAAAUAUCGAAAUUCUGAAAACGGAAUCAUUAAAACAUUGACAAAAAGAUUGCGGUGUCGAAUAAAACUACCGACAGUAAUUUAUAACUCUAUGUACAAAUAAAUAACGAUAAAAAGAAUUGCAAAUAGAGUAGGGGAAAAUCUUACGGCAGGAAAAAUCGAUAAUUGAAAAGAAAGGUCAGUCGGUCAACAGGUUAAUAUGUUUCUUUAUAUUACAUUUCUUAUCUGGCGAGGCGAUACAACGAAAAGUCUGUAAUGACGUAGAAAGGAUUGUGCAUUAGAAAUUCCUUUAUGAUAAAAUGUGAUUGUUUGAUCGCUUUUGCAGUGAUAAAUUGUAUUGGUCCCCCCCCCCCUCGAUACAUAAACGUUACAUCUUCCCGAUAAACAAUCGAGACUAAAGUUUUCACAGGUGUGGAGCACAGGUAUCCUUCCAUAAGGAAGAGGAUUCUUUUAUUCGUCAUACCCUUCCCGUGUAACUUCCGCGGGAAAAUAUCUCAGGUCUCGCGUACAAUUAGGACUAACUUCAAUCUUAAAUGUUGCCUCUAUUAUAUUUUUAUCGAUCUCGAAUUAAGAUUGUAUUUUAGAAGCUUAAAAAAAACGUCAUGGGGAAUAAGUUAUGUAAAAUAAAUGGUAUACAUUAUAAAUGUAAUUUUCUCUUUUUUUUUGAGACUAUAAAGUCCAAAGACUGCAAGGAGCGCGAAAAGGAAGAGAACAAAGACGAAGCGGAGCAAUAUAACGAUGUAUACGACUUGUAAAUUACAUAGGUUGUGGUCACAGAAAUAUUACUCUGCCAUAUUAAACUAAUUGGUCUUGAAAUUAUUCAAUCGUAUUCAAUAUUCAUAAUUUUUUCAAGAUUAAUCUAUUAUUAUUAUAUAAAUUAUUUAUUUAUUAUUAAUAAAAAAUUUGAAGAUCUUUACAUUAUGCGUAUGAUAUUGUAUAAUUUCUAAAUAAACUACUUCUGGAGCUAGUUAAUUAGUGUAAACCAAAAAUAAUAAAUUUAAUAAACUUAUCUUUAUAUUGUAUUUAAAGCAAUUGAGAACUGGUGCAGCUUUUCGAUUCGAGAAGUGAAAAUCGAAAAACAUAUAUCGCCAAUGCUAAGGAGACUCUCGGAUAUGCCGCAAUGCGGUAACGAAUUGCGAUAAGCAAUCUUACCCAUAAAUUUAUAGAAAAAUAACUAGAAAUGUGCAAACAAAUUCACAAUUAAUUAUAUGAAUAUCCACAUUGUGAUACAAAUUCUGUCUUCUUUCUGGAAAAUUUUACUACGAACGAAUGAAGCUUACACCAUAAAGAUCGUACACUGAAUUGUACGAGGGGAAUCCUAAAUUAUUUUAAUAAAUCACAUUCUAUUGCUUCAAUUCGUCUUACUGAACUCACGAUUCUGUGAGGCACAGAGAGGCGGUAUAUACAUGUAUACAAUAUAGAAUGUAUUUAUUGUUCGAUUCAAAACGGACAGAAUUGUCCCGCGAGACCACGCUGACGUGUUUCACCACUCAUUCUACUUCCACGGGAUUACAUAGCGAGACGCGAGAACGAUUGUCGCGAGGAGGCGAUAGAACCAGCGCGGACGCGCGGUCCGACGCCGUCGGAGAGGACCCGCGGAGUUGCACGUCCGCGCGGCGCUUCCCUUCGUUUUAUCGAUUCCCACGAUGAAACUGCGCAGCCACGAGGAGCGCACGAAGCGAUAUCGCGAACAAUGCUGGGCGUCGAGCCAAGGGGCGUCGCGACGAACUCUCAAGGUUUAACAGUUGUACGAUAUAAGGUGAUAAGUUAUUAAGUCUGUCGCGAGAUAAUAAUCUUAGGGUUACGGCUCUCGCAUACGCUGCACCGCGCGCGUACACCGUUUUGUACAUAUUGUAUCUCCCAUUUUGUAACGAUGAAUAAAGUAUUAAUUAAAACAU